AUUUGCCAUUUUAUUAACCGCUAAGUCUUCCAACUUACAAAUAUUGAGCAUUUUUACAGCUUUAAAAUAUAGAUAAAUAAUUCAAGUUAUUAUAUCAACAUUGUGCGAAACAAAUUUGCUUCAUGAACUAAAUUGCUUAACUAUAUCAAUAAAUUUGCUACAAGUCCACUUUAAAAUAGUGAUAAGAAGAAACUUUACUCCCAUAAUAAAUAUAUAAAAUAUAUAAAAAAGAAUUUAAAACCGCCAUUAGACGAUAGUAUAAAUAUAUUGGAAAAACAAAUAAAUAUCAACAAUUAUGGCCCCUAGAACUGCUUCAAUAUCAUCUAAUUUAGCAGAAGGUAUAAAUGUUUCAGGCCAUAGGCCAGUUUGGAGAAGAGGUUUAAGAUUGAAACAUUUAAAUAAUAAGGCAUCAAAACUUGUUCAGCUAAUUCGUUUAAGACCUUCGUCGAUUUAUUUAAAUUCAAAUAUAAGUGAACCAUUUAUAUCAGUUGACUCAAUCAGCGUAAUAUCUUGUUGUUCAAAUUCAAAUUAUAACAAUAACUGCAUUAAUAAUAGCUCAUUUAGUCAAAGUUAUUCAUCUUUUUAUAUCGAUGAUAAUGAAAUUGAUAAUUUCACUAAGAAAGAAUUUCAAAAUUCAAGAAAUUUGUCAAAUUAUUUUAAAUUUAAAAAACCAAAUUCUUAUUUAUCUUCUUUUAGACUAAGAAAUAUUAAAAAAUCGUUAAGCCAUUAUCAAAAUCAACGCGUAGAUACUUCCGAAGACAGUCAAUCUCAAGAUGAAAAUGGAACAACAAACAAAAAGACUAAUAAUAAUUUUAAUAAUAAGAAAAAAAAUGAAAAGCAAGAACAACCAUCUUUGAAGUUUAGAUUAAGUGAUAUUAAAAAUCUUAAAAAGCAAACUCCUCAAUUAAGAAAUCCAAACAUUCAAUAUGAAAAAAAUAGAAAAGAAGAAUCCAAUAAAUUUCAUAUCAAUUCAGAAAAUUUGGACCAAUUUCCUGAAGAGGCACUAUCGUGCUAUAAAAAAUUUAAAAACCAAGCAUUAAUUCAAGACUUAGAAACUUUCAUUUCAAAUGAUUAUGAUGAAAAUUUUGAUUUUGAUUAUAGAAAAAACUUAUCCGCUUUUAACAGAUUAAGUAUAUCAAAUCUCAAAGAAAAUGAUAAGAUCAAUAUGAUAAAUAAAAUCAAAAAUAUUAAGAAUAAUCAAACAAAAAACAUUUCCAAAUUUAAACCAUUGGAAGAAAGAAAUCAACACAAUAAAAUUCAAAUUGAUGCAUUACCAGAAGAAGAGUUUUUAAAAUUUAAUUUUGAAAUUGAAAAAUUGAAUUUACUAAAAGACCAGAACUUGAAAAAAGAGUCUCAAUUCAAAAAAAUUGGAGAAAUUGAAAGUCCAUUUAAUUUUACAGAUAAUUCAUCAAUAAACUCAGAAUUCUAUUAUGAAUCGGAAAAACAAUAUCAUAUGGAACUCGACAAUGAUUUAGCUGAAAAAAAUGAAAAUGAAAACGAAAACGAAAAUGAAGAUUUUUAUUUAGAAAUGGAAUACUUAAGUGAUGAAGAAUCAGAAGAGUCUUCAUAUACAAUUGAUAGCAUCCAUGAAGAAGAAAUAACAAAAUCAACAACAGUUUUUGAGUUGAUGAAAAAAACAAUUAACAGAAUGAGCUCUUUAUCAUUUCGUGAAAAGAAUAUUGAAAGUCCAUUAGAAGACAAUAGUCCAUCGCCAGUAAGAGUAAAAGUUCCAGCAUUCAGGAAAUAUGAUACCAUUCAUUCAAUAGUAUCAAAUUUAAUUGAAGGUACCAUAGAUGAAAAAGAUUUGCACCCAAAUACUAAAUCACCAAAUAAUAGUGAUAGUGGUGACUUUAUAAAAGAAGCAAGUCAAGUUAAUUCAAAUAAUGAUCUGCUAUCAGAAUCAUUCCGCAAAACAAAUGCUUCUAUUAAAUUUGACAAAUUUGCAGAACUUUUAAUUUAUGUUGAUGCAAAUAACAGACGCAAUAAUCUAGUAUCCGAUAAUCAACCAUUAACGCAAAAUACCACAGGUAAUAAAAGAAAUAAUUCAACAAACUCUCUCAUUGAAUCAACCAAAAAACCUCAAAACAACAAAGCAACCAACAAACCAAUAGAACCUUAUGAAAAAGACAAUGAGGACGAAAAAUUUGGAUCAAUUCUAAAAAGAAAAUUUAACGAUCACGCAAAAGAAGAAAUAGAAAGAGCAGUAAGCUGUGAUAAAGUGCCUGUUGAAGAUUUCAUCGUUUUUUUUGAAACACAUGAAAGAAGAAGAAUGGACGCUGAACCGAUGCUAGGAGAAGUAAGGCAACGACAGCUUGAAAACUAUUAUGAGUUUGUUGAUGAGCCAUGAUAGCGCGAGAAAGUGCUAAAGUGUAAUAUAUUGUGUAUAGAUAAUAAACAUUACCAAACUUACACCAGAGGAAGCAGAAGAAGCAAACCGGCA